GCGGCGGCGGCGGCGGUGGCGGCGGCGGCGGUUACUAUGGCGGAGUCGUCCGGAGCCUCCUCCUUCUUCCCCCUUGUUGUUCUCCUGCUUGCCGGCAGCGGCGGGUCCGGGCCCCGGGGGAUCCAGGCUCUGCUCUGUGCGUGCACCAGCUGCUCACAGGCCAACAACACGUGUGAGACAGAUGGGGCCUGCAUGGUUUCCAUUUUCAACCUGGACGGGAUGGAGCACCAUGUGCGCACCUGCAUCCCCAAAGUGGAGCUGGUCCCCGCUGGGAAGCCCUUCUACUGCCUGAGCUCCGAGGAUCUGCGCAACACGCACUGCUGCUACACUGACUUCUGCAACAAGAUCGACCUGAGGGUGCCCAGCGGUCACCUCAAGGAGCCUGAGCACCCGUCCAUGUGGGGCCCUGUGGAGCUGGUGGGCAUUAUUGCCGGCCCAGUGUUCCUCCUGUUUCUCAUCAUCAUCAUUGUUUUCCUUGUCAUUAACUAUCAUCAGCGCGUCUAUCACAACCGCCAGAGGCUGGACAUGGAGGACCCCUCGUGUGAGAUGUGUCUCUCCAAGGACAAGACGCUCCAGGAUCUCGUCUACGACCUCUCCACGUCGGGGUCUGGCUCAGGGUUACCCCUUUUUGUCCAACGCACAGUGGCCCGAACCAUCGUUUUACAGGAGAUUAUUGGCAAGGGCCGGUUCGGAGAAGUGUGGCGUGGCCGCUGGAGGGGUGGUGAUGUGGCUGUGAAAAUAUUCUCUUCUCGUGAAGAGCGGUCUUGGUUCCGGGAAGCAGAGAUAUACCAGACAGUCAUGCUGCGCCAUGAAAACAUCCUUGGGUUUAUUGCUGCUGACAAUAAAGCAGGCUGCUCAUUCCUCACAUUGCCAUGGCGGUUUGUAGUGGCCUCAGCUGCCCCCAGGCUGAAGAGACUUGACCUCUCACGCAAGGGAGGAAGGGGAAGAGAGAAUUCCUUACUCCCUCUGAAUAACGGCACCUGGACACAGCUGUGGCUUGUCUCGGACUAUCAUGAGCACGGCUCCCUGUUUGACUAUCUAAACCGGUACACGGUGACCAUCGAGGGGAUGAUUAAGCUGGCCUUGUCUGCUGCGAGCGGUCUGGCGCACCUGCACAUGGAGAUUGUGGGCACCCAAGGGAAGCCUGGAAUUGCUCAUCGAGACUUAAAGUCAAAGAACAUCUUGGUGAAGAAAAAUGGCAUGUGUGCCAUCGCAGACCUGGGCCUGGCUGUCCGUCACGAUGCAGUCACAGACACCAUUGACAUUGCCCCCAACCAGAGGGUGGGAACCAAACGAUACAUGGCCCCCGAAGUACUUGAUGAAACCAUCAACAUGAAGCACUUCGACUCCUUUAAGUGUGCUGAUAUCUAUGCCCUUGGGCUCGUGUACUGGGAGAUUGCUCGAAGAUGCAACUCUGGAGGAGUCCAUGAGGAAUAUCAGCUGCCAUAUUAUGACCUAGUGCCCUCUGACCCUUCCAUUGAGGAGAUGCGGAAGGUAGUAUGCGACCAGAAGCUCCGCCCCAACAUCCCCAACUGGUGGCAGAGUUAUGAGGCGCUGCGGGUGAUGGGGAAGAUGAUGCGGGAGUGCUGGUACGCCAACGGCGCAGCCCGCCUGACCGCGCUGCGCAUCAAGAAGACCCUCUCCCAGCUCAGCGUGCAGGAGGACGUGAAGAUCUAGCUGCCCCUCCCCACACGCUGCCGGGCAGCGGGACCUACAGCCGAGCUGCCUGCCGUGUUGAGCGUCCGAUGGAGGCCUACCUCUCGUUUCUGCCCAGCCCUCUGUGGCCAGGAGCCUGGCCCGCAAGAGGGACAGAGCCCGGGAGACUCGCUCACUCCCACAUUGGGUUUGAGACACAGACACCUUUUAUAUUUACCUCCUAGUGGCACGGAGCCUCUGAGAGCAAAUGGUGUGGAGAACUCAGUGCCACAGCCUGGACCGGCUGUAGUGGGAAGUUCUGCAAAGCCCGGUGCACCUGGCGAGAAGCCUGGCGUGGUGACGGGCGGCCUGGGAGGGCCCGGGAGGAGCGAGCGUGGCCCCUGCUGAGCGGCACCGAGGGCUUUCCUCUGGGACCAACCCCAGCGCAGCGAGGCAGCCCGGGGAACCAGAAGGAUGGCCCCUCUCGGCAGCGCCGGGCCUCGUGCUCCCCUCCGCCCCGUCGGGACACCUGGAGGGACUGCCAGUGCCCGUCUGUCCAGCCGUGUAUGCAUGUGCCGAGGUGCGUCCCCUGUUGUGCCUGGUCUGUGCCACGCCCUUACACGUGUGUGUGUGUGUGCGUGUGUGUGUGUGUCUGUAGGUGCGCACUUACCUGCUUGAGCUUUCUGUGCAUGUGCAGGUCAGGGGUGUGGUCGUCAUGCCGGCUCUGCGUGCUGGGGCCUCUGUUCAGUAGUGAGCAGCGUCUGGUUUCCCUGGGGCCCCUCCCGGAGGUCUCCCUCCCCUCCCUUCCAGAAGCCCCACUCCACGGUGGGUCUCCCUCCCCUGUGUCGCCUGGCCCUCCUUCUCCAUUUCAGACUGUGGAACCAAAGCUGGCCCGGUUGUCUGUGGCAGGCAAGGCUUUUGGGUCCAAAUGUGAGGGAGGCGGGGUGGGAUGGGCAGGGGGAGAAUCUUGGUGGAAGUCUGGGGUGUUGUGGUCAGCGGCCACCGUGGGAAAUGAGCCAGCCUAAGGGCAUCGUCCUCGGCAGCGUCAAGGAAGGGCCGAGGAAUUUGAAGCCCAGAUCUUGGGACUCAGAUCGGAAUGUCACAUCUGUCUUUCAUAUCCCAGAUUCUGGAAACAGCAGUGUAUAUUUUUGGUGGUAGUGGAUUU